AUUAGUGUUCCUAAUAAUCUGUGUGGAGAUGCUACUGUCAAACUGGUCACAUUGGAUCAGACUAUUAGACAGACUCUUCAUGGUCACAGACAGUUCAGUCGAUUGACGACCAGUGAAAAUAUCCUCAUGACCACCAUCAAUAGAGUGAUACACAAGAAGUUAUAUGAAAACAAGGAUCAGCGCCAUGUGGAGGACUUGAAUGGACAGAAGGUAGGAAAUGUUUUGACCAAGAAAAGCUCUAAUACUCCUACAAUGGCCGAACUCACAAGAAAUCUCUCACCAAGUUUGGUGGAGUUUGCCAGAAAACAUCUGUCGCCUAGUGUAGCAGACUUCACCAGGAAGCAUGACCCAGAUAUGGAUGCUGAACCUGCAGAUCAUAUGAGUGAUUUGGUGUCCUACGAAAGUUGGGGAAGUAACAGAGAACCUGACAAUUUUACAUCUACAAUGGCAGAUAAAAACUGUUCGGAGAAAAAAACCCAAGUCAGUUCCACAGAAAAGAUUGGUGAAAUAAAACCCGCCUCACCAAGCACAUCAUCAUCUUCUUCAAAUCUUAAGCAUGUUCCUGCUUCAGCUUUCGUCCCUAAGAAAGGAUCGUUGGUAAGUAAAACAUUCCUGGACAAGACAAAGACCAUAAGUGCUGAUGUUUCAGAUCUUGCCAGGGAUGUGUCGCCACAGUCCACUGCUGCACUGUCCUCAGGAUAUUCUAGUGACGUUUCAGAUUCCUCAACUGUUCGUACAGUUAACUUUGUUCCAAGGAAGGAUUCACCAAGGACAGUUGGAAGUGAUGUGACUGACAAAGUUCAGAAAAAGAGUAAAACCCCUCCUUCCACUUCUAGGAAUUCCCUUACUGAAACAGGUAGCAGUGAAUUAAACAAAGCUCCAGAUUACAACAAAGUUAAAAAAUAUGUUGAUGAAAAUUCAACUUCAAAAGUGUCAGCUACUCCACCACCUGAAUCUAGAACAUCAUCACUUUCCAAAACAUCAGAAAGUGCAUCACCAUUAUCGUCUACCAAAUUGUCAGAAACGUCAUCAUCUGUGAGAUCACCAACAACAUUGUCAUCAUCACAAUCAGCUACCAAAUCAACAGAAACUGCAUCAUCAUUGCUAGCAUCUACCAGAUCAACUGAGACUGUGUCAUCAGCUUUCUCUUCUACUAAAUCAUCGGAAACUGCAUCAUCAGUAAGCUCAUCUACCAGAUUGGAAGAAAGUGCGUCUUCACUCUCAUCUACAAAAAUUUCAGAAAAUAAAACCCAGUCAUCAGUAACAGCAUCUGGAGGAGGACCAGUCAUCUUUUCUCCAAUCCGUUUACCUGAUGGGAAUAAAGUUGAAACUGUUAGUAAGACAUUGGUACCAGAAUCAGCCAAAACUAGCCAGGUUGGAGCCAUUAGAUCAGACAACCAGACCUCCAGGAAGGAGAGGAAAGCCCAAACACAUCCCUACACUCGGAGGCAUCGCCGGGACUCGUGGUCAUUUGAUAUUCCUUACCGAAAUCUCCAAGAACUGAUGAGAGAUUUAACCACAGACACAUUUAAACAAAAGAAUGUGAAUGUUUCAAAACCACAGAAAUCCAAAGGUCAUAUUCCGCGAUUCCGCAACUACAGAUUCAAGCGUUCCUCGAUUCCUGAUUGUCUGCCUGAUAGUCCUGAUGACUCAGAUGAAUUCACUGCGGAAGCCAUACCCGACUUUGAGGAGAGGAAGAGGAAGGCAGAUAUACUAGAAUGUAUGCAGGCCACUAAGAAAGAGGACCAGGAGGAUUACACUGCUGAGCAGUGUAGUUAUAGUCCUGGUGCAACAUCGGCUCCCAAACCUAAACCUGGUGAUGACAAAGGGAAAGGAGAAGAGAAGGAGAAGAUACAUGAAAGACUCUUACGGAUAUCCAAAAUGACAUCUCCAGCAGCACAGGCUAAGGACAAGUCUUCUGUAGACAAGGAGACCAUGUCCAAGGGGUCUAGUAAGGACAAAACAAUGUUGGGAAAUAUACAGUCAGAAAGUGACUCCUCAAAUAAUAACAGAAAACGGAGAAUUAGUCAGACAUGCAGUCCUAGUCGUAAAAGAGAUUGGCGACAGAGCAGAAGUCGCCAUAAUACCGGGCUUGGUGAAACUUCACAUUCUCAACCAAUAGAGGAAGACACUUCCUCUGGAUGUAGGAGUAAGGACAGUACACCCUCUGAUGUCAAAGGUGGAAAGUCUUCACUAAAGAGCAGUAGAGAAAGUACCCCAUUUGACUCGUCUUUACUGAGACAGGGAAGCAGGGAGUAUUCGCCAUCGGAGUUUUUCUGUGGAACUGGUGAAGGGGAGAGUAGUAGGGAAAACACACCAACAGAUUUCACACAGGAUGUAGACAUUAGUAAAAUGUCACAAUUUGAUAUCUGUGUCCCUAAAGUAGGGGAAACACAGAAAAGGAAAUUCAAGAUAAAAAGACUGGACAAUAACACUGAGAGGGUUUCCUCAUCUUCCCCAGGUUUAGUGAGAUCUGAUGAUUGCAAUAACCCUCAUAUGUUCCGACCCAUCCCCACACACAAACCCACAGACGGCAAUGAAAAAGAUGAUUUGAAAGACAACAUUCAACAGCUGGAAAAAGAAAAGGAAAACAAAUUUGAAUCUGAUUCUGUGAAAGCCUCAAAUGGAUUGUGUUGUUCAGAGACAUUAGUGUUGGUCAAGGAAAGCAGGAGUGAAAAACCUGCUCAAGGAAGCAAUGAAAUAGGCUGUCCAAACAAUGAAAGGAUUACCGUUGGACAGAAAACAUAUGAAGAAAACGUUACAGAUGGAGAAUCAAGAAACAAUAAAGAUGGGAACAUCUCGGAUGAAGAUAUGAGUGACUGGAUUGUGAUGGAUGAGUUUCACUGUCAGGAAGUAUCAGUGCUCAAGGAACUUGUUUCCCAUGAUGAUGGUGAUCUUGAAAACAAACCUGAUGACCCUGAAAACAAAACUAUCAGAAAUUUUGCUGAAAAACCUAUCACAAACAGUGCUGAAAAUGAUAAAAAUGUGAAAAGAAAUGUAUCUGUAUGUCUUCCACAAAGUCAUUACGAGACACCACCGACUGGGACAAAGGAAAAUGAAUCCUAUUCUGAUGAUCAACUUCAAAACUUAAAGAACAAAGAGUCUGUUACAAAUAGUGCUGUGGAAGACACAGAUGAUGCUGUGUCUAAAAGUCUAACACGGGUACCAUCAACAGAUGGAAUCAAGGAAAAGGACUUGCCAACAGAGAGCGAGAAGUGCUCAGAUUUUUAUGUCACUGAUUCUCUGUGUUCCCAAACUCGCACUUAUACAAAUGAGGAAAGUGGAUUGGAAACCAAUCAUGGAGAUAAAACUAUCAUUGAAAACUCUGACAUGAGUAUCUCUGAGAUUGGCAAUGACCAUCAGUUUGCUGAUGCUUCACAAUUUGUACCAGUCAUUUAUCUAUCAGGAACAAAAGGCAGAAAGAUUCCAUGGGCAAAGGAGCUGGACCAGGCUGUGGUGACAGAGGAAACUGUUGGUACCAACAGUAAGACUGAUAUUCAAUCUAGUAUGAAGACUGAUAAUCAAUCUAAUGCGAAAGAAGAAAUUUGUGUGUCAGUGGAGCUGGACAAGUCCAAAUUGAUGAGUGAGGAAGUCCAAGGUUUUAUCAACACACACCAGUUGGGAACGAAAGAAGAGAAUACUUCAUCAUCAGACCUAAACAGGACAAAUAACAAUUCAAGUUCAUCUUUAUCAGCUCUAAAAUUGAAAAAAGAGGAUGAUCUGAUAUCAAACCACACCUCAGCAUCGUCAUCUCGGGAGCUAACUAUGCAAACAUCAGAGGGUAUUGGAAUACUCCGGUGUCAAUUCAGCCUGUGAAGAAGUAAUUGAAAAAAAAUUAA